AUGUCUGAAGUUAAAAGAACUAUAAGAAUUACAACUCAACAACAUAUCUUGAAAGAUUUACCACCAGUAGAGAAUUACCCUAUUAGACAAUGGUCAGUCCAAAUCACAAUGUUAGACCAAUCUGGUAAUGAGAUACCUGCUAACAUUUUGGACAAAGUCACGUAUUCAUUGCAUCCUACAUUUGCCAACCCAAUAAGAACCCUCAAGACUCAACCAUUCAAGGUUGAGGAACAAGGAUGGGGUGAAUUCGAUAUCCCAAUUACAGUCCACAUUAUUGGGUUAUCGGGAAAACAAAGCGAAAGAAAGUUCAAUCAUGACUUGAAUUUCUUACAAGAAACGUACACCCUUGACCAUACGAUUUCCAUUCCUACAAAUAGAUCACAAGUUUUGAAUAGCUUGUUACUAGAAAGUGGUCCUGUUCCAGCAAAUAAUAACUUGGAUACAAACAAACGUAAAAACGAUGCCGAUUCCAGCAACAAAUUGAAGAAACAAAAGAGUGCUAGUGGUAAUGGUACGCCAAUGAAGGGUCAAAUCGACUUGGAGCAAUUGGCCAAUGGCUUGACUAAGUUGAAUGAAGAUGAUUUGAUAGUUAUAGUUCAAAUGGUUACUGACAAUAGAACUAAUGACAUGAAUAUUAAGAACGAUAUCGAUAAUGGUGAAUUCACGAUGGAUUUAUACACUUUACCCGAAUCGCUCUUGAAGAGUCUCUGGGACUACGUCAAGAAUCAUACUGGUGAUGCAUAA